AUGGAAGAGUAUGCUUAUCUUUUGGGUAUUCAAGUUUCUAAUAGAGUUCCUUUUAGUGGGGUGGAAGGAAUUCUUGAAUCUCGAGUUAUUGCUGAAGCCAUUCACCUGAGGAAGUUUGACAUAAAUGCUAAUCUCACUGUCAAAGAAGGUAUCAGAGGGAAUCUAGUUCCAACUUUGCUUGGUGACACCUAUUUCUACAUCCAUCAUUGGACUUCUAAAGGAGGUGGAACUAUUGUCUAUUGUGCGCCUUUACUGUAUAAGUUGUUUAUUUGGCACUUGCCGCGGUCUCCUAUCUCCAAAGAAAACAAGGGUGGUUUAAGAUGGUCCCAAAGAAUUAUGUCUCACACCAAUGAUGACGUAGAUUGGUAUUCUUUUGUUUACAAUGACGUCGAGAUUAUUAAUAGUUGUGGGGAGUUCUCUAAUGUUCCUCUUCUUAGUAGACAAGGAGGAAUCAACUAUAAUCCGACCUUGGAGAGACGUCAACUUCGGUUCUCUAUGAAAUAUAAACCUAAUAACACUUUGUUAGAGGGUUUAUUUUUCCAAGAAGGUAAAGACACUCAAGGGUUGAAAUCUAGGAUGGUGAAGAAGACAGCAAAAGAAUUCAAGAUUCCAUACGCUUAUGAAAAACCUAUGUCUUUAGUAAUGGUCGAAUCUCCCACUAUUAAAGGCAUAGAGGAGUUGAAAGAGGCCUUGGAUAGGAUGAAGCCAGUGAGGGAUGAUUGGGAAGACAAGUUUCACACCGCACACCUUGAGAAAAUAGAAUUGCAGAAGCAGUUAAAGGAAAAGGAUGACUUGAUAGAAUUGCUUGAGCAACAUGCUGUGAAGAGAUCAAGGGACCAAGAGGAUUUAUUUUCCUCUAACAGUUCAUCAUCUACUCAUCUUCCUACUUCCGGCAUUUCGAACAACAUUGUAUACCAGCUCGUGAUAGAGAAGAAUGCUAUGAAAAGAAACUAUUAA